UUGACUGAACUGUCUCACUGGGCAGGACAGCCAAUUUGCUGUGCUUGUGGGCUUGAUAAAAGAAGCAGCUGCUGGUAAGUGCUUGCUCAGAUGCAUGUAGAUGAGACUGUGGACUGCAAAAGGGAUCCAAGCAGAUUUUUUUUUUUCUUUCUACAUUUCCUCCGGAUUUUCUACCUCUUGCUCCCAGGAACUUGCACUGAAUCAGGCACAACCCGUCCUCCGCGAGAAGGAGAAGUGCCUGGUGUGGACUAUAACUUUCUGACUGUGCAGGAGUUUCUGGACCUUGAGCAGAGUGGAACUCUUCUUGAAGUGGGAACAUAUGAAGGUAACUAUUAUGGAACACCCAAGCCUCCCAGCCAACCCGUCAGUGGGAAAGUGAUUACCACUGAUGCUUUGCAAAACCUUCAGUCCAACUCCAAGCAGUCGACUCCAAAACGAACCAAGUCUUAUAAUGAUAUGCAAAAUGCUGGCAUAGUGCAUACGGAGAAUGAGGAUGAGGAUGACGUCCCUGAAAUGAACAGUAGCUUUACAGCAGAUUCUGGUGACCAAGACGAGCACAAUAUACAUAGUAUAAGAGAAACAGCGCCACCUCCUGUGAAUAAUAGCAUCACCGCCGUUCCCACCACGGAACCAUCUCAGAAGCUCCCUCAAUACCUACCUCCUUCUGCAGAGGAAAACCUAGGUCCUCUACCUGAAAACUGGGAGAUGGCCUAUACCGAGAAUGGAGAAGUCUAUUUUAUAGACCAUAAUACGAAAACAACAUCUUGGCUAGACCCACGGUGCCUGAACAAACAGCAGAAGCCACUAGAAGAAUGUGAAGAUGAUGAAGAAGGGGUACACACGGAGGAACUGGACAGUGAACUAGAAUUGCCUGCUGGUUGGGAAAAGAUUGAAGAUCCUGUAUAUGGAGUCUACUAUGUAGACCACAUUAACAGGAAGACACAAUAUGAGAAUCCAGUUCUGGAAGCGAAACGGAAAAAACAGCUUGAGCAGAAGCAACAACCACCAGAAGAAUGGACAGAAGAGCAUCCAUCUCUUGGUCCACCGGCUGUUCCAAACCAUGCUCCAAACACCCAAGAGCCAGUUCGAGAAGCACCAGUACAAGGCUCUGCUGUCUGGGAGUGUUGCACAAAGCCCGGAAGAGCAGCAGCUGCCAUUCGGCAACUUGGAAAACCAUUUUUCACGCGAAACCCUUCGGAGUUGAAAGGGAAGUUCAUCCACACCAAGCUGAGGAAAAGCAGCAGGGGGUUCGGCUUCACUGUGGUCGGAGGGGACGAACCGGAUGAAUUUCUCCAAAUCAAGAGUUUGGUGCUUGAUGGCCCUGCUGCCCUGGACGGCAAAAUGGAGACAGGAGAUGUUAUAGUCAGCGUGAAUGAUACCUGUGUGCUGGGACAUACACAUGCUCAAGUUGUCAAAAUCUUCCAGUCCAUUCCCAUCGGUGCCAGUGUGGACCUUGAACUGUGUCGAGGUUACCCUCUGCCCUUUGACCCCGAUGACCCCAACACAAGCCUGGUGACGUCUGUGGCAAUUCUAGAUAAAGAACCGAUCAUUGUGAACGGACAGGAAAAUUAUGAUUCUCCAGCAAGCCACAGUAGUAAAACAGGGAAAGUAAAUGGCUUGAAGGAGCAAAGGCCAAGUAGUCCAGCUGAAGUCUCUUCAAAUGGAUCCCAUGGUUACCCCAACGAUACUGUCUCUUUGGCUUCUUCUAUAGCAACACAGCCUGAACUCAUAACUGUACAUAUAGUGAAAGGGCCUAUGGGCUUUGGUUUUACUAUAGCAGACAGUCCUGGUGGUGGGGGCCAAAGAGUGAAACAAAUUGUAGACAGCCCCAGGUGCCGAGGCCUAAAAGAAGGGGAUCUAAUCGUUGAAGUGAAUAAGAAGAAUGUGCAAAACCUCACUCACAACCAAGUCGUGGAUAUGCUGAUUGAAUGUCCUAAAGGAAGCGAAGUCACAUUACUUGUGCAACGAGGAGGAUUGCCAGUCCCAAAGAAGAGCCCAAAGUCGCAACCACUUGAAAGGAAAGACAGCCAAAACAGUUCCCAGCAUAGCGUCUCUAGCCACCACAGCACGCACACUGCUUCACCCAUCCAUACCACUCAGGUGCUUCCCGACUACCCUGCCACUGAAGCACCAGGUGUGGAGCAGCCGGACAACUCUGGACAGAAAAAGCCAGAUCCAUUCAAAAUCUGGGCCCAGUCCAGGAGCAUGUAUGAAAGCCGACCUAUGUCACCUUCGCCUGCAACUGGACUGAGCAAGGGUGAGAGAGAGAGAGAAAUCAAUUCCACGAAUUUUGGAGAAUUUCCAGAUUAUCAAGAACAGGAUAUCUUUCUAUGGCGAAAGGAAACGGGCUUUGGGUUUAGGAUUCUAGGUGGAAAUGAGCCUGGAGAACCCAUUUACAUUGGUCACAUUGUACCAGUGGGCGCGGCUGAUGCCGACGGUCGUCUGAGAUCUGGAGAUGAACUGAUCUGUGUGGACGGAACACCUGUGGUCGGAAAAUCUCACCAGCUUGUAGUCCAGCUUAUGCAACAGGCUGCCAAGCAAGGUCAUGUCAAUCUAACUGUAAGGCGCAAAGUGGUAUACACAGUUCCAAAAGCAGAGAACGAAGUCCCUUCUCCAGCCUCUUCACACCACAGCAGCAACCAGCCAGCUUCCCUGACGGAGGAAAAGCGGACCCCGCAGGGAAGCCAGAACUCCUUAAACACUGUGAGCUCGGGCAGCGGCAGCACCAGCGGCAUUGGCAGUGGCGGGGGCGGGGGAAGCGGCGUGGUCAGCACAGUGGUGCAGCCGUAUGACGUCGAAAUCCGCCGGGGAGAAAAUGAAGGCUUUGGCUUUGUGAUUGUGUCCUCAGUUAGCAGGCCCGAGGCAGGGACAACUUUUGCAGGAAAUGCAUGUGUGGCCAUGCCUCACAAAAUAGGUCGGAUCAUUGAGGGGAGCCCCGCAGACCGCUGUGGCAAGCUGAAAGUAGGAGACCGAAUCUUGGCUGUUAAUGGAUGUUCCAUCACCAACAAAUCGCAUUCAGAUAUUGUCAACUUAAUUAAAGAAGCAGGAAACACUGUUACUCUGCGCAUCAUUCCAGGGGAUGAAUCCUCCAAUGCUACUUUAUUGACCAACGCUGAAAAAAUUGCUACGAUUACAACCACACAUACUCCUCAGCAGAUACCCCAGGAGCCCAGGAACAACACAAAACCAAAGCAGGAAUCCCAGUUUGAUUUCAAACCGCCCCAGGCAGCACAGCAGGACCAAGAUUUUUACACCGUUGAACUGGAAAGAGGAGCCAAAGGAUUUGGCUUUAGCCUGCGAGGUGGUCGCGAGUAUAAUAUGGAUCUCUAUGUAUUGCGGUUAGCUGAGGAUGGUCCAGCUGAGAGGUGUGGAAAGAUGAGGAUUGGCGAUGAAAUUCUAGAGAUCAAUGGGGAAACCACCAAGAACAUGAAGCAUGCUCGGGCCAUAGAACUGAUUAAAAAUGGUGGCCGCAGAGUCCGCCUGUUUCUGAAACGUGGAGAUGGCUCUGUACCAGAAUAUGACCCCAGCAGUGACAGGAACAGUCCCGCCACAGGUUCACAAAAUGUAUCGGAAAUGAAAAACGUGCCAUCUGACCGACGACAACACCCAUCAUUGGAGUCCAGUUAUCCACCAGAUCUUCACAAAUCAUCACAACAUGGGGACAAGCGGAUAUAUGUUAAAGAUCCAAAAGGCAGCAGAGAGUUUAGCAGACAAUCCAAUGAACACCACACGUGGAAUGGAACUUCUCAAAACAAUGAUAGCGUAACAGGCAGAAAAAAGGACAGGUCACCAGGAAGGAGACGAGAUAGACAACCAGAGAGAAUGGUGGUAAAUGGACAAAAAAUUAAAUCUCCUGAAAAAAGGAGGGAAGGGACAAGAAGUGCUGACAAUACUUUGGAGAGGAGGGAGAGACAUGAGAGGAGGAGAGACCUUUCUCCCGAAAGGCGAAGAGAAAGGUCACCAACUCACAGAAGGGAUGGGUCGCCAAGCAGGCGAAGGAGGUCACUCGAAAGACUAAUGGAUCAAAGAAAAUCACCAGAGAAGAGAAGAGAGAGCUCACCUGAACGGAGGGCAAAGUCAACUGACAGAAGAAGGGAGAGGUCACCAGACAAAAGGAUCAAGGAUGAGCGAGUCGGCCACAGAGAGAGGGAAGAACACAAUUUGAAAUAUGAUACCAACAAAAGAUACCCCCCUGAACAGAGAAGGAAACCCUACAAAGAGUGCAGCACUGAUCUCAGCAUCUGAGGUACUCGUCCAAUGCACAGAGCCACAUUCCAGCCUUUAUAGUGCUGAAGGCUCUAAGAAGAGGGUAAUAAAGCUGAAAUUAUCUUAGUUUCUUAAAUGAUGAAAUAUCAGACACCUGCUGAUCCUAUGAAUAGCAACAAACGUUUUACGCAGAUGAAAUCUUAUAACAAAAAUAUAUACAAAGUGUUGUGCCUGAUGUAUAAUAUUAAAGAAAGUAUUUUUAAGUGUAUUCUUUUUUUUUAAGUUACUUGCCAAAUGGUCCUAAAGGAUUAUAAAAAUUUUGUUUCUACAUAUUCUGUAGAUUUCUUGAGAAUAAUUCCUCUGUCAGGCAACUUCCCCCUUCCCCCACCAUAAUUAAAUGGGGACAGCCAAUAAUAUAAGAUAGUUAGAGGAUUUUUUUUUAUAAAGAGUGAAGGAGGAAUUAAAAUGUGCAUAUCAAUAGGAUUAGUGAACUCCUGCUGAAGGAAGAAAAAAAGAAAAAAAAAAAAAAGUUCCUAAAAUGACACAAACUGUUUGAAGAGACUGUUGUUUCAAUGAAGGAUAUUUAUACAAAAACCCACACAGCACAAGAUGACUUAUGAUAAGGAAUUUAUAGUUUGUUCCAUGAACAGUUUAUACUUUUAGGCCCCCUCUCAAGGAUGCGUGAAGGCAGAAGACUGGUAGCGGCCAUAUCUGUGUAACACACAAACGUUGACUCUCGAUCUCUCUCACUAGUCUCAGCAACACUUACAAUAUUCCUUUAAGAAAGUGCCCCCGGAGCCCUACUCAACUACUAGAAGUAUAUGGACAGAAAGCUGAGCGUGUCCAGUAUUGUUUGGUCUGCUUUGAAGAAGAGUAGUGCAUUGGGAUACUGGGAUAAAGGGGAAUGAGCUCUCCCUUCACAGGGCAGGUAUAUUCCUUCUGCUCAGUCUAAACCAGUGGGCUUUUCUUAUUUUGCCAAAUUGGAAAUCUUUGUGUCUAUACAUAGAUAAAUAGAUAUAGUCAAGUUUUAUUUUACUGGUUCAUUCCUUCUGAGACAAAAAAAUGAGAGACCUGUCAAGGGCACAUAAGGACAGAGGCAAUCAGUAGACGGGUCUGGUUGUGAAAGCCUAGAUGCUGGUUAUGCUGUAAUUUAGAA